UCCGUUUUGCUUCCCGAUCUAAUCGCCGACUCAAACAAAUAAUCGCGAUCUCUUUCUCUUCUUCUUCUUCUCAAGCUCUCUAAUGGCGAUGCCAGGCCUAGUCACUCUCAUAGUUCUCCUUCUUCUCGGGGUCUGCAUCUCAAUCUUCAUCUCCAACGCGGAUCUCCGCUUCUCCAUCCCUGCCGCCCUCUCCCACUCCUCCAGAUUCGCCCCUUGCCUCGUUGCAUCCCGCCACCGGCCACCGCCUCUCAAGGUGUUUAUGUAUGACCUCCCCCGCCGCUUCAAUCUUGGGAUGCUCGAGAGGAACGGGACGGGGAAUGUAGUGGGGUUUCCGGAGUGGCCGGUGAGGUCGGGGAUCAAGAAGCAGCACAGUGUUGAGUACUGGAUGAUGGCUUCCUUGGUGGAUGGUGGUGGUGAUGAGAGGGAGGCUGUCAGGGUCUUGGAUGCGGAGGAGGCUGAGGUGUUCUUUGUGCCCUUUUUCUCUUCGCUUAGUUUCAAUACUCAUGGGCACAAUAUGACUGAUCCUGACACAGAGAUUGAUCAUCAGCUCCAGAUUGAUCUGCUGAAUUUUCUCAGGGAAUCAAAGUAUUGGCAACAAUCAGCAGGCCGUGACCAUCUAAUUCCCAUGAAUCACCCAAAUGCAUUCAGAUUUCUGCGGGAUCAAGUGAAUGCAUCUAUUCUUUUGGUUGCAGAUUUUGGUAGGUAUCCCAAAAAUGUAGCUUCCCUGAGCAAAGAUGUUGUCUCCCCAUAUGUGCAUCUUGUAGAUUCUUAUGUGGAUGAUAAUCCUUCUGAUCCAUAUGAAUCCCGUCCUACCCUUCUUUUCUUCAGAGGAAGAACUGUAAGAAAAGAUGAAGGCAUCGUUCGCACUAAAUUAGCAAAGCUCUUGAAAGGCUAUGAUGAUGUGCGAUAUGAAGAUAGCAUUGCCACCGGGGAAGGCAUAAAAGCAUCCUCAGAAGGCAUGCGUUCAUCCAAGUUCUGCCUUCAUCCUGCCGGGGAUACUCCAUCAUCUUGCCGUUUGUUUGAUGCUAUAGUCAGCCACUGUGUGCCAGUCAUUGUCAGCGAUCGCAUUGAACUCCCAUUCGAGGAUGAGAUUGAUUACAGUGAAUUUGCCUUCUUCUUCUCCAUCAAAGAUGCACUUAAACCUGAUUUUCUGGUCAGUCAGCUCAGGCAGAUACCAAAAGACAGAUGGAUUGAUAUGUGGAAAAGGCUGAAGAGUAUCUCCCACCAUUAUGAGUUUCAGAUACCCCCAAAGAAAGAUGAUGCUGUGAACAUGCUUUGGCGGCAGGUACACAACAAGCUCCCCGCGGUUAAGUCGGCAGUACACAGAAAUAGGAGAUUAAGGAUUCCGGAUUGGUGGAGUUGAAGUCAAUAAUUUGUACAGUUACAUUGAUGCCAUUCCUUUCAGCCUUCUACGGGCCUACGGCCUUCGAACAUGGAAAGAGUCAUUGAGAACAAAUGUUGAGUAAAUUGCGGUUUAAUGACCGGCUCUGAUCAUUCUCGGUUCGACACUAUACCCAAUUUUGAUGUUGUUGUAAGCCUUGACCUUUAGAAAGAUUUUUGUAUCAUCUGUAUCAAGACUGUGAAUAACAAUGCACAGACAUAAUGGGAAGGUGGAUUCAUGUAUAUGGUUUGAUCAUUCAUUAUGUACCCUUUAGCAUCAUGAAUGCAGAGGAAGGAUGUUUUACUAUGAAAGUAAAUUUUAAGGGACCUUUUUCAA